AUGCUUCACCUUAACAAAGACGGCGCGGCGGACUUGACUUUGGCGUCCAAGGCCGAGGAAAUCGUGUGGAAAGUGCUCGUGAUGGACCGCAAAUCGCAGGCCGUGAUUUCGUCGGUUUUGCGUGUCAACGACCUUUUAAGGUGUGGCGUGACUGUGCACACGCUCCUUUCUGCCACACGGGCGCCAUUGCCCGAUGUGCCGGCCAUAUAUUUCGUGGAGCCCACGCCACAGAACGUGUCGGUGAUCAUCCAGGACUUGCAGGAGGAAAAGUACGAGUCGUUCUACGUCAACUUCACGCUGGCCAUCCGCCGCGAGCUCUUAGAGGACUUUGCUAAGAAAGUGUCCUUGUGUGGCAUGGGGCACAAGAUAAAGCAGGUGUACGACCAGUACUUGGACUUCAUCGUCACGGAGCCCAACUUGUUCUCGCUCGACUUGCCGCGGAUCUUCACGCAAUUCAAUAGCCCGACCACAUCGGAAGAUGGUAUCAACGCUCUAGCAACCGUGAUAGCCGAUGGCUUGUUGGCUGCGCUAGUCACCAUUGACGCCGUUCCCAUCAUCCGGUGCCCGAAAAACGGGCCUGCAGAACUUGUGGCUACGCAAUUAGACAUGAAGUUGAGGGACCACGUGGCGAAUUCGCGGGCGGCGGCCUCUCAACUGAUCCAGCAGCGGCCCGUGUUGAUUCUUUUGGACCGGAACAUCGACAUUGCGUCGAUGUUCUCGCACUCGUGGAUCUACCAAUGCAUGGUCAGUGACGUGUUCGAGUUGCGCCGUAACACCAUUCGCGUGUCUAAAUACCAGGACAGCCUGGCCCAACCGCAGAUUAAAAGCUAUGACGUGGACCCACGCGACUUCUUCUGGAACAAAAACUCUCAGUUGCCGUUCCCCGACGUCGUCGAGAACGCGGACAUUGAGCUCAACACAUACAAGAAGGACGCUCAGGAGCUCACGGCGCGGACCGGCAUCUCGUCCUUGAAUGACAUUGAUCCCAACGCCAACACGGACACCUCCCUUAUCCUGCAAGCGGUGGAGGCGUUGCCCGAGUUGACGGCUCGCAAGGCCACGUUGGACAUGCACAUGGACGUGCUCGCGUCGCUAUUGAAAGAGCUCGAGGCUCGUUCCUUGGACAAGUUUUUCGAGGUGGAGCAGAACUACAGCAACCCGAAGGUUCAGAGCGAGUUUCUCGAGCUCUUGCAGUCCGACUCUGCGCGCGACAACUCCUCCGAUAAGCUCAGAACGUUUUUGAUCUUGACGUUGCUCACGGAGUUGCCGCAGAGCUUUGUGGCAGACUGUGAGAAGAUUUUCGCAUCCAAGUACCCGGAGAUCGACAUGAGUGCCUUCAAGUACAUUGUAAAGUUCAAGCAGAUCCUCAAUUUGUCGAGAAACAUCACACUUAAUGAGCAGUCCAACAGCAACGGCCACUCGCUUGCAGAGAACAAUUCGGCCUUAUUUACGGGACUUUCGUCUAAGCUCUACGGGCUCACCGAAGGCCGGAUCUCUGAGGGCAUCAGUUCCUUAGCCUCAGGCUUGAAGAAGUUGUUACCGGAGAAAAAGGCGCUUCCAAUCACUAACAUCGUGGAGGCCAUCGUGGAGCCCGGCAAUGCAUCGUCCAACUCUGUGCAGAUAACGGACGACUACUUGUACCUAGACCCAAAGUCCCGAGGCGGCCACUCGAAGCCGCCAAAGAGACAAUCAUACGAGAGCGCCGUUGUGUUUGUCGUGGGCGGUGGAAACUACUUGGAGUACCACAAUUUGACCGAAUGGUCUGCGCAACCAAACAAAGCCGCCAAGAACAUUGUUUACGGAAGCACGGACCUCGUGACCGCCAAGGAGUUCUUGGCCGAGGUUUCGGACUUGGGCAAGAUAGAAACGUAA